GCUCUUGCGCCGUCGACCGUCGAAUUCAUCGUUUAUUUCGCGUAUCAACGAAGCCGCGGUUUUACCGUUUCUGACGGCCAUUAAGCCAAACACAACUCCAGUGUACGAGCGUGCGCGCCGCUCUCGAGACGUGUUUUAUAAACAGCUGUUACUUAUCGUGUACCGGUAAUCCUUGAACAAUUCGAGUUGUUGCCGAACAAAAAAGUCAAUAUGGGCGAGGAAAUGUCACCGGAGGUACAAAAGAAAGUGGAACAACUUCAGGAUUGGAUCAACAAGCAGCCUCAUUUGCCGAAGGAUAUUGAGGACAAGAUAGCGCGAAGGUUCCUCCACAGCUGCUACUACGACAUGGAUAAGACAAAGUCCACAGUUGAGCUGUUCUUUAGGCUAAGAGACACGUCGCCAGAGCUCAUCAACCACAGAGAUCCAUUAUCACCGCCAAUGCAGAAAGUCUUGAAAAUCGUAAAUUUGGCGCAAUACGAAAUAUCCGGGAAAAGGAAUAUCUGGUUUUGGCAACUGAACGAUCCUGGUUUAGAGCAGUACGAUCACUUACAAGACGCCAGAAUGUUCAUAAUGCUGUUCGAUGCCUGGAUACUCAACAAUACGGAGUUCGCUGAAGAAGAUAUUGUUGUUUUAGAUACUAAGGAUAUUAACCUUAAAUUCAUUACUAAGUUCAAUGUGUCCGUUGCAAGGAAAAUUGCCAAAUAUCAGGAGGAAGCGAUGCCGAUCAGAUUGAAGCAGAUCCACAUUCUCAACGCACCGCCCUUCAUAGACAAGUUAUUUGGACUCAUGAAGCCUUUCCUGAAAGCAGAAAUUACUGCUAUGGUCCACUUCCACGUGCCAAAGUCGGACACGAUAUUCAAAUACCUCAGCAAAGAAGACUUACCAAAAGACUACGGCGGCACUCGCCCCUCAAUGGCUGAAAUGAACAAGGAAGUGUUAAGGAUCGUCAUGGAACAAAGAGAAACCUUCUUGGACGAAAACUUUUGGAAGACAGAAAAGAAGUCUAAAGGUACGAAAAAUGAGGUCGCCACAUUCAGGACAUUGGAUAUAGAUUAAUGUUCUUGUUAUUAUUCUCAUCACAAUUAUGUUUAAGAGAUCGUUAUAAAUAUUCUGUUUUAGUAUAAUUACCGUUGGUCAGGGUUCCAUAAUUAUAUAUGCCUAUUUGUUGUUGUAGAAGGGAAUCUGUUUUGGGAUUCUAUGUUCAUAUAAUAUAUAUUAUGUAUUUAUGUUGUGUAUCAAAAUACAUAAUUGGAAUAAAAAAAAAACAAAAAAGGAAUGUUUUAACUGCUUUUAGAUAACAAAUGUUCUAAUGUAAUAUCAGAAAGAGUUAAAAUAACGAAAUGUCGAUGCAUCUGAAAUAUACAUUUUUAUUAA